CAUGGCCGCCGCGACCUGGCCGCGGCGGCCAGUGAAUUCUGGACUUUUAUAGCAAUCGCUAUAUAGCCCCUACGCACUUAGCGGCCAGCGACCAGCGGCCAAUUUGAUGGCACGCGACCAGCGGCCAAUCGUGGCCGUCGAGAACAUCACUUCUGUAUUACAAUUCAUCAGUGCUACCGCAUCGGCCGCGGCGACCACACGUGUAGCUAGCUACAGAGUGAUUAUUUUACAAUGGCCAAUUUCGACACGGAAAGGUUCAUAAUUGAAGUUGAAAAUAGAAGAGGUUUAUGGGAUUUAGAAUCAAAUGAUUACUCCAAUAAAGAUGUUAAGCGGCAGUUGUGGCUUGAACUGGUCGAUAUAUUUGGCGGUGAAUCCAUGGAAGAUAAAGAAAAGGCAGAACUUGGCAUUACUCUCCAAAAAAGAUGGAAAAACCUUAGAGACUGUUUCACAAGAGAGCUGCGCCGUCUUAAAGAUGUCAAAAGUGGUUCUGCUGCAAAACGUAAAUCACAAUACACCUAUUUCAACCAAUUACUGUUUUUGAAAUCAGUGCUGGACACAAACGCAACAGAAAAUAGUCUCGAAGAGGCAAGUCAAGAAAAUAAAAGUGCAAGAUCUUCUGAUCUUGAGACUCAACAGUCUGCAUCAAAGUCGCUUAGAACAAAAAGGAAGAAAAAAAUGCCAAACGAAGAAUCCGAUACAGACCCUCUAAUUUCAGUUCUGCAAAAGACCAUAGCGACUACACAGAAUGAUUCAAAUUGUGACAGACUGUUUCUUUUAUCCCUCCUCGAAAGAUUUCAAACAAUCCCUGCUGCAAUGAAGACCAAAGCGAAAAUGGAAAUCAUGGAAAUUAUAGAAAAAUACCAACCGAACUGUACACCUACAACAGCGCGCAUAAACUAUUCAAGUAAUUUCAAUACUCUUAACGACCAAGAAUAUGACCCUAAUCGACCGAGUUAUUCAGGUUAUUCUACUACCAACAGGAUAUCAGAUGAUUCAAAUUACAGCGAUAAUCAUACUCAUUAUUCUGAUAUUUCUCAAAAUUCAGAAAUGAUAGACCUAUUUCCCAAUUUCAAUGAUUAAUUGUUCACAAUUGCCAUUUUUUAAGUUAUGAAAAUACAAAUAAUUUGAUUAUCUA